AUUUCGGUUUCCCGCCAAGACGCGCGUUCGGAUUCACGAUCAAAUUGAUAACCCGUUUCAUUAUUUACGAUUUAAUUUCAAUAAAAAAGUUUUAAAGUGGUUUGGUGGACGUAUAGAUAUUUUUAUACAUGAUCAAAAUGAAGUGUUUUACAUGUUUUUUACUGUUUAUAUUCAUACAAAACUCGGUGAAAAGUGAGAAACCGUUUAAAAGCAUACCAGUGACUGUGAAAACUUAUGAAAAUGACACAGUUCUGUUGCCUUGCUAUAUUGAUGAAAAUGAAGGCAAGCUCCGGGUCCGUUGGUACAAAGACAAGAAACUCCUCGGAGACAGCCACACUCCUCACGAGAUCCUGCCGCCUAGAGUGAGGAUGCACGCCAACUAUAGUCUCCAAGUAGACGACUUGCAAGCCGAAGACACUGCUGAUUAUACUUGUGAGAUCAUCAGGCCUGAGCCAUGGGGUCCCAUCAGACAAACGCACUCCAUAGAAGUUCUAUAUUCCCCAACAGUCAAGACGAUCCCUGCCGAUGGAUUUCUAGAAGUCCGUAAAGGUGACUACGUGGAUAUCGGUUGUGAGACCACCGGUACACCGCCCCCUAUCGUAGAUUGGAGGAAGAAUGGUGGACCAAUGGCGUUACUGGAACAUAGAUCGAGGAUCAGGUUCAGGGCAGAACACCGCUUGUUGGCGGGAGUGUACGAGUGUAUCGCGAAUAAUGGUGUUGGUGAACCGGCGAGGGCUACGAUCACUGUUGUUAUACAAGAUGCACCAGUUGUGACAUCGUCCCGUACCUACGUGCACACAGCAGUGGGGCUGAGAGCUGCACUGUCAGCCACAUUGGAGUUUGCGGUACCACAUGCAACAACUGCCUGGUACAGGGAUGGCAGACCUGUGAAGACUGAUGAUAGGAUAGUACAAAUGGUACAAGACAACGUGCAUCACUUGAUCUUCCGUAACGUUCGCAAGUCUGACCUCGGCAACUACACGUUCCGCGCGGAAAACAAGCUGGGCAUGGCGGAUCUGAUGUUCAAGCUUACUGGUGUGCCAAACGCAGCAUCGUUCAAAGUGGACGCAACAUUGAACAAAGCAACAUCCACCAGUUUCACUCUCAUCUGGGAGGUGGACUCCUAUUCCACUCUCAUUGAGUACAACCUCUGGCUUCGACCAUACUACGGACGCUUAGUGUCUCCGGAGCCCGACGCCUUCACAACCGAGCCGCCCGCCAACCAGUGGAGCAAGAUCAUAGUGCCCGGAGACUCUAGUGAAGGUCCGAUUCACAGCGCCAUCUACACAGUGCGAGGAUUAACGCCGUCUACAGUGUACGAAGCUAUCGUUACGUCUAGAAAUAGAUUUGGUUGGAGUAAACCAUCAUCGAUUUUACAUUUUGCUACUGAGCCUGGAGCCGGUAGGACGAAGCCUUCAACAGCAGACUACUCGGAAAUAACUCCAAUAUUAGUAGAAACGGAACCGGAAGCGUACAACAUAACGCAAGCGCAGAUUUUCGAACGACUCAACGAACUGUCAAGCGGAGCGCGGGAAACUAUGUGUGCGUCCGCCAUCUUAGUUUCAUGUUGUAUUCUGUUAAUAUUCAGCUGAUUUAUAAGAAAUAAAUCGUCAUAGUUAAUUAAUUCUGUAAAAUAAAAUGUAACAACAGCAAAAUGUGACGAAAUAAAAAGAAAUAGGGGUCGUGUGGCUAAUUACCCUCUUUUUACCCGACUGCGAAGAGCAAUGCAGGGUGCUUUUUUUUUCAAAAGAAAAUACAUGACAACAACAAGACUAUGGAAUCUCCGUGAAAUUAUUAUAAGAAAUAAGUACAUAUUAUUAAGUUAAUUAAGUCCUUGAACAAAACAAUUUAUAUUUAUUCUAACAAGUAGGUAAUAUUUAGAAAUAGUUUCAUAACUUCGAAAGUGUUGUAAAUGUAAAAAAAAAAAUAUAUUAUAAGACUAAUUAAUUUAUAAUAUAGGUAGCAGAUUGCUUGCCAGAAAGUGCAUGAAAUGGGAUUAUUUCAAGGAACUAAUGUUUUCUAUCUCACAGAGUUCCUUUCUAUUGAUGUACAUAAUAAAUAUAUUUUUGAAUAGUU